CCAGAAGGUGGCGCCAAAGCACAGCAGUUGUGAUGAAAAGCUUUGCUGCCAGCUGCAGUUAAUCCGCCCAGACAGCAGGUGUCGCUAACACCAGGUCAUAGACUUAGGAGUCCACAGAGCAAGAAGACCCAGCGGCAACAAGCACGUGUCGGUCUGUUUAUAGAUAGCAGAGCUCCAAAUGGACUCGGUUCUGAACUGCCUAAAGCGGCGGCCGGACGCUGUGGCUCGGCUGGUCUGCUUCCCGUGGGCGGGUGGAGGCUCGGUGCACUUCGCGCGCUGGGGUCAUGUGAUGGAUAGCGUGGAAGUGUUUGCAGUUAAACUUCCGGGUCGGGAAAGCCGGUUCAGGGAGCCGUUCUUCCAGAACAUGGAUCAGAUCGUGGAUGAGGUCGUGGCCGCGCUGCUGCCGAUUCUGGACGAGAAGCCGUUCGCUCUGUUCGGACACAGUUUUGGCGCCCUCACGAGCUUUGCUGUCGCCGAACGUAUGAGGAAACUGCACAACGUGGAGCCGGUCCACAUGUUCCUGUCUGGAGCUUUUGCCCCCUUUUCAGAGCUUCGUCUGAAGUCACAGAGGAGAAGUGAAUUAUCAGACGAGGACUUCCUGCAGUGGUUAACUGCAAUUGGAGGAACUCCUCCUGAGCUGCUGGCAAACCCGGAGGUGGUCAGGCUCUUCCUCCCCGCGCUGAAGGCCGACCUGCGCGUGGUGGAGAGCUACAGGUGUGCCAGGCCGGAGAGUCCGCUCUUCCGCUGCUCGCUGUCCUGUUUGGACGGAAAAGACGACCUUCCUCACAAUCUACAGGAGUGGAAAUGCAUCACAUCCGGGGAGUUCACCAUCAGGAUGUUCGACGGCGCUCACUUCUACCUGAAGACCCCAGGAAACGAGAAGCUCCUGCUGGACUACAUGUCGAGACAUCUGGAAACAUCACAGUUGGAUUAUCUGUGACCACUCAUCUACGGCACAAGCUGUGGAGCCUAAUCAAAGUGGAAAUAAUUCUUUUAGGACGACUCGGGUUUUUAUAUUUGCCUCAUGUUCACCUUUAACACCGAAGUGUAAAUAUGAUGUUUGAUAAACAGAAACUCUAACUUUUGAUCAUCCAGAAGGUGGAGGAAUCAGCACUUCUUCUAAUCCCUUAUACAUUCCCUCCUGUUUUAAAGGUUUUUGAAGGAAGGGUCAUUUUCGCUGUAAUCUGUGCUAACAGAAGGCAUCGCUUGAAUACUUAAAUUGCCAUAGAAGCUCUUGGAAUCGGAACCAGCUCUCUGAGAUUGGAGCUGUUCUACUAUGAAAUAAACUCCAGAGGACACAGAUAGGUGGCUCUCAUCUGUGACUGAUUAGGUGAUGAGGAGUACCACAAGGGACUGUACUCUCACCCAUCUUUUUUUGUCCGACUUUCAGCAUAAAUUAGUUUUGUAAUCUGCAGACGUACUUGGAUUACUUACAAUUGUUGGUUGUAUCAGAGAUUAAGUACAGAGUGAUAAAUUGGUUUUCUUGAUUAAUUAAGAAAAUGUAUCAUGCGGGAAAAAUCUGAAUCUUUUUAAAAUUUAUUCCAACUUCCUGUUCUCUUCGGUUUUCAUUGUUUGGAGUAGGAUUCUCCCGCCUGUCUCUUGCAGACGAGAAAAUGGUAACUGGAAAGGGGAGUGAAGAAUUUGUUUCAUCACCUGAAAUAGAUACAAAAGCAUUUUUAUUGCUUGUAUUUAGUUGCACUUUGAAUUCAGGUCAACUCCCAUAGGAGAUGUUUAAGCAAAGAGUUAUUAAUUAUAUUCUGUCAUACAAGUCCUGUUUCUUAGUAAACAUUUCUAACAAUUUGAAUAAAUGUUGGGUUUUUAGUUUUGGUUAAUUUAUUUCAGUUAAUUAAGUUUAACAUGUCAAAUAACUGAGUAAAUGAUGGUAAAAGGUUUAGUUUACUGUUGUUGUUGUUAAACUUUGCACAUAUCGCUUUAAGGGUCGCCACGAGUUGGCUUUCACUGAUUUGCACACUUGGAAACACUUGUUUCCAAGUGUGGGGCUUGAGACUUGAGCUUGUGACGAUAGGGUUAAAGGAGCUUGUUUAAUCUACUUUCUGUGUUUUAUUAUUAGAAUAAGAUGUUCAGAGACGAUGUCAAAUGCCUUUUACAUGUAAUCUGUAGAUUUUCUUAUAAAGAAACUGGAUUCUACAUCAA